AUGUUGUACGAACUCGUAGGAAUCGUCCGUCCGGGCAACCUCGCCGAGGUGAAAGAAAUCGCCCUCACCGCCGGCCAAAUCAUCCUCCGCAAUGGCGGCGUCAUCCGCGGCAUGGCCAACUGGGGCGUCUUCCAGCUCCCCCGCCCCGUUUCCAGGGCGCAAAUGAAGCAUAAGUCGGGCCACUACUUCGUCAUGCGCUACGACGCAUCGUCCGCCACGCACUCCGACAUGCGAAACACCAUCAACCUCGAUCCCCGCGUCAUUCGUACCGCACACGUCAAGCUCGGCGACGGCAAGCUCCAGACCGCCGCCCGCUUCGGUGAUGUCAAGUGGGAUGGACGCCAUUAA